AUGCUUAUUAUAAGCUUUGCCCUCUGUGUCCAAUCAGCAGGGCCUCCUCCAACUUCUGUACCACAUUCUCCCUUACCGUCACCUUCCGUCAGUGGUCUUGUUGGUGGUGGGGGUGGGGGUGGAGGUGGAGGAGGAGGGGGUGGAGAUGGUAGUGGUGCAGGUGGUUCCGGCUCUGGAUUUGGCUCCGGUAGUGGCUCCGGUAGCGAUGCUAGUGGUGGAAGCUAUGGAGGAGGAGGCGGAGGAGGAGGUGGUGGCGGCGGUGCAGGUGGCGGCAGUGGCUCUGGUUUUGGAGAAGGCUAUGGCGAAGGUUACAAUGGUGGCGGCGCUGGCACUGGUGGUUCUCCAGGUGGAGGUGGUCCAUGA